AUGAUAAAAUACAGAAACACACUUACGGGAAAUCUCGGAGUCAAGAGGAAAAGCAUGUUAUCCAAUGAAAUCCUCAUUAAGAGUGAGUUGGGUAAAUCUAAACCAAGAGGUUAUAGUUCAAACAGUUAUCAUGGUGGUAAUGUGGUGUACGGCAGACCCGGCCCCACCAAACUUUCUGAUGUUGCCUCGGCUUUGAACUGGCUGGAUAUCGAUGAUCAAAAGAAGGUUGACAACGAGGACAAGCACUACAACACUAUUAAAAAUAAAAAUAAUAAUAAAUUCGAAAAUGGCAAAAUUUUUGGUGCGAAGAAACAGAUGAAACCUUGCAUAUUUGAAACUGAUAUGUGCCUACUUUGCGUUAUCAUAUUAUAA